UAUACUUUUCUCUAAUUCCUAUCAAUACACCUAAUCUAUUCAACAUGAGACAAAACUUUCUUUGUUUUCAGUUGAUUUCUUUUGCGUGUAUCCAUAUAAAUGGUCUGUCAAUUUUACCAGACAAAUCCCAUGACGGAAAGGACAUAACAACAGCUUCUACAAAACGUGUGGAUGUUCUGCAGCAACUGUUAAACCAAGAAACAAUCAUUAGAAUGUCUUUAGAAAAAAGUGUUCGGGAGCUCAUGAGAGAAGUUGCUGAUUUGAAGAAUAAUUUGAAAGCUUUCGAAUCCAUUACGGAAAACCUACAGAAUGACAUGAAAGGAAUUAUCAUUGAAAAUCAAAGGCUUAAAAAUAAAAAUGUAGGUCAAUUGCUUAAAAAUGUCACACAGGCUGAGGAUAACAUUGCUAAACUUCUUGCGGAAAAGGGUGAAGAAAUCUAUGAGAGGGUGAAUCGUUCACUGGAAAUAUUUAACAAUGAACUGCUUAUCCGACAAGAACAACUUUCUAAAAAUCUUUCCUUCUUCGAACUGAUUCAUAAAGCUGUGCAAGGAUCAAAACAACUAAAACCGACUGUGGCCUUUCAUGCGAAGAUGACGUCUUCAAAAUACAAUCUGGCAGGAAACCAAGUAGUAAUUUUUGAGGAGACGCUUUUGAACGAAGGCAACGCAUACAAUUCAACGAGUGGCAAAUUCACAGCACUUAUCGACGGAAUAUACCAUUUUGAUUGGACUACUUUGGCAAGACAGAAAAAAUAUUUCAUCACUCAGAUUGUAAGAGAAGGGACAGUCAUGGGUGCCAACUAUUGCGUAGAUAUAGAGGAAGAGAAUGAUCAAUGUUCAUCUUCGGCAGUCGUGCAAAUGAAGGCCAAUCAGAAGGUCUGGAUUAGAACCUACUCCAGCUAUGGACAAGAAGCAGUUGGUGAUUGGUGUUAUUUCUCAGGGCAUAUUUUGUUCUGAAAGACAAAAAAAAAAACCUAGAGCAUUGUUAAAUCGGGUAAAUUGGGUAAAGUACAUUGUGUAUAUAAUAUAUUUUUCAAAUUCAAAAUUAUUCAUUGUUAUCUGUCUUUCGAGUACAACAAAUUGCAUUCUAUGGUUUGAUAAUUUAUUGAUUCACUAUUAUAGUAAAUCAAAGUCUUCAAAGUUAUCACUAUAGUAAAUCAAAUUUUUUCCAUAGUGAUCUCCAUGGUAAAUCAAAGUUGUUUUUUUUUUAGUUUGGAUAAUUACAUGUAUAUCCGCGAUACUGUUUUCGGGAAAUUUUUUUUGUAUAAACUUUACAGUACUAUAGACAUAUGUCAUAUUUUUUCGAUUAAAUGUACCAACUCAAAUGUGAUAUGCUAUCUAAGUUUGGUAGAAAUAUUUUAACAAUGAAUCCAAAUGACUUGGUUUUGUAUUGUGUUUUAUUAUUAUUAUUUAUUUUGAACCUUUUCAGAAUUAAAGACUGCAAAAGCAGGAUCGCAGAGCAGGUCAAAAUUUACUAAAUCACAAACAACACGCAAUAAAUAUAUGAUAAUGUCGACAGUCAUAUUCUCUUUAAAAUGGAGCAAAAACGACAAAAAAUCCUAGACUUUUGA